AUGUUAACCCGCCAGCUCCUGUUUCUCCUGAUGCUAUCCAUCCUGUGGCCCGGCUCUGCCCUGCCUCUCGCACCUAGGAAUAUUGGGAACCUCUUUAAAAUGUCCGAGGACGAUGGAAGGAUACUUCAGCGCUCCAAACGGGGAUGGAUGUGGAACCAGUUCUUUCUGCUGGAGGAGUAUGCAGGAAAUGACCCCCAGUACGUUGGCAAGCUGCAAUCCAACAUGGACAACGGCAACCGGAACGUAAAGUACAUCCUCACAGGAGAAGGUGCGGGGACCCUGUUCAUUAUUGACGAAAAGUCGGGCGACAUCCACGCCACCAAGAGGCUGGACAGAGAGGAGAAGGCCAUGUACACCCUGCACGCCAAGGUGCUGGACAGGAACACCAAUGCCGAGCUGGAGCCUGACACUGAGUUUAAUGUGAAAAUACACGACAUCAAUGAUAAUGAGCCCAAGUUCUCAAAGGAACUCUAUUUUGCCAGCGUCCCUGAGAUGUCAGAAGUUGGUACAUCUGUUAUCACUGUGACAGCCACUGAUGCUGACGAUCAAACCUACGGGAACAGUGCCAAGCUGGUGUAUAGCAUCCUGCAGGGGCAGCCAUAUUUCUCUGUGGACUCAGAAAACGGCACCAUCAAGACGGCCCUGCCCGGGAUGGACAGGGAAGUGAAGGAACACUACCAGGUGGUGAUCCAGGCCAAAGACAUGGCCGGACAGAUGGGAGGGCUCUCGGGAACCACCACCGUCAGCAUCACGCUCUUGGAUGUGAACGACAGCCCGCCGCGCUUUGCUAAUCAUUCUUUUCGCGUGACUGCUGCAGAGUCCACGGAGGUUGGCGGUGCUAUCGGUCGCAUUAAAGCAGAUGAUCCGGACGUUGGCCGCAACGCCGAGAUGGAGUACAGCAUCGUUGGCGGCCACGACAUGUUCAACAUCAUCACUGACCAAACCACACAAGAGGGUGUCGUCAUAAUCAAGAAAGCGCUGGAUUAUGAAAAUAAGAGGGACUACGAGUUCAGAGUGGAGGUGCGAAACACGUACUUGGACGCGCGGUUCAUCCACGGUUUCCAGUUCAAAGACUACGCCACAGUCAAGGUGACGGUGGAGGACGUGGACGAGCCUCCCGUUUUCACCAGGAACCCUUACGUCAUCGAGGUGCACGAGGACACGGCUGCGGGCAGCUUCGUGGGCGUGGUGUCGGCCAGGGACCCCGACGCAGACAACAAGACGGUCAAGUAUUCCAUUGACCGCCACACGGACCUGGACCGGCUGUUCAACAUUGAUUCUGUAAACGGCACCAUCACCACGCUGAAGGCGCUGGACAGGGAAAUGUCCAAAUGGCACAACAUCUCUGUCGUGGCCACUGAGAUCAGUAAUUACGGCUUCCUUUUCAUUUACCAACACGAUGCCAUCUACAUAUGGCUACAGAGGAGAUGGUUUUGUUAUACCUUCCUAACUCUUGUUUUUUCCCCCGUUUCAGAUAAUCCUCGGCAGACCACUCGAGUGCCGGUAUUUAUCAAGGUAUUGGACGUCAACGACAAUGCACCAGAAUUCGCGAUGUCUUACGACACCUUUGUCUGCGAGAACGUCAAAGCAGGACAGUUGAUUCAGACAAUAAGUGCAGUCGACACGGACGAACCCCUGGUUGGACACAAGUUUGUCUUCAGCAUAAGCGCGUCCAACCCAAACUUCACCAUAGUUGACAGGGAAGAUAACACUGCCAAUAUCCUGACUCUAAGGGGAGGUUUCAGUCGCCGGGAGAUGAGCAUGUACCUCCUGCCCGUGGUGAUCUCAGACAACGACUACCCGAUCCAGAGCAGCACCAGCACGCUGAUUGUUCGCGUGUGUGCCUGCGACAGCCGGGGUAACAUGCAGUCCUGUAACCCAGAGGUUCUGCCCUUCUCCGAUGGCCUCACCACCGGAGCCCUGGUGGCCAUCUUACUCUGUGUCAUCAUCCUCCUCAUGAUCGUGGUGCUGUUCGCUGCCCUGAGGAGGCAGAGGAAGAAGGAGCCUCUGAUCAUCUCCAAAGAGGACGUCAGAGACAACGUCGUCAGCUACAACGAUGAAGGAGGCGGAGAGGAGGACACCCAGGCCUUUGAUAUCGGCACGCUCCGCAACCCGGAGGUGAUGGACACCAACAAACUGCGCAGGGACAUAAUACCCGAAAUGCUCUUUCCCUUUCGGAGGACGUCGCCCAUAAAGGACAACACGGACGUCAGAGAUUUCAUAAACGGCAGGCUCCAGGAGAACGACACGGAUCCCACGGCGCCGCCCUAUGACUCCCUAGCGACGUACGCCUACGAGGGCAGCGGCUCGCUGGCGGAGUCCCUCAGCUCACUGGAGUCCGCCGCCACCGAGGGCGACCAGGAUUACGAUUACCUCAGCAACUGGGGCCCGCCGUUUAAAAAGCUGGCCGAGAUGUACAUUGGGAAGAGCCCCGAUAGAGAGACCUGA